AUGACAGGUGAUAAGCAAGACUCUUCAGAAGUCAUACGACGCUCAGACGUAGAAUUCACUAAAGGAGGUGGCAUAGAACAAAGCUUCAUAUCGCUGAGAGGAGCGAAAACAGCAAAGGCAGGAGAAACGCAAACCUUACAACUUAUACGCCUGAAUCACGUGCUAUGCCCAAUAGCAGCUUUGGAAAGAAGACUGGCUCAAACAACCGGGAACGACGACCCCCUCUUUAGCUUUACAGAGAAUGGUUUGAGACAUGUCCUACAGAAACAAACCAUCAUCACGGCAUGCCAAAAUAUAUGGAAUGCAGGAGGCGAGAAAGGUCUGACGGGCCACUCCUUCAGAGUCGGAGGAGCUUCACUACGUUUUGCGCUAGGCAUCCCAAUCCCGGAAAUUUGUGAAAUUGGGAGAUGGAAAGCUAUCAGAGACAAGAAACUUGCUAAAUGA